AGAAAGGCGAAGGACUCUACCAAAAAGAACUUAUGUCAUUAAAAUAAGCUGUGCUAUUGUAUAAGACGGCCACGAUUUGAGAUGCUUUAAUUUGUCCUAUGCUUUUAUUAACGAUUCUCUUUACAUCUGAUUUAUUGGCGUUUUUUCUACCGUUUCGAGAAUAGCGGGCAUGAAUUACGUACCAUACACAAUUGAUUGCGGUGAGCGAUAAUGAAUACAGACUACAACCUCGACGAGCUGGACACGGCUCUUAGCGAGUCCCGCCACCAAGCUGCCGCCGUAGCCGGGCCUCCGAGUCGGCAGGAAAGUUCCCGCCGCACGGCAUCUAGCACCCGGCGCGGCAGCUUAGUUCCCGGAAUGGGUGCCCUUUCUUCGGCUACAUACAGCCCGGGAAAACAGCACCAACGGCCCCGACUCGAUGAACUCAACCUCUUCAACUUCGACCUCCGCGAGCUCGUCCGCGAUAUUCUCCUACCGACGGGCCAAGAGACUCGUGUUUCGUACCACGAAUAUGCUGUCUUCCGGCCGGGUGAAGAAAACGACGAGACCCGCUCUCCAAGCAUCAUGUCCGAAGGAGAGGUCGCACUGCGGAUGUUUCGAGAUGCGGUUAGACACGGACAUGGCUUGGACUACGAGGGAAAUUUCACUCCUGUGCCUAAGGGGAAAAGCUUGCUUCAGGGAAGAGUGCGACAAGUAAUUGCCCACCGACGUGCUCGUCAUGAAGAAGAACAACACAACACGAAUAUUACAGUCGAUGGUUUGUAUCUUACCGUGGAUGAUUAUGAAUCUUUAGGGUUGCAUUCCGGUACCCUGCCUACCCUGCAACGGGUAACCCUCGAAUCGUCGUUCUGGGACUCGAGAAGGGAGACGAUGUAUUUAAUCCUAAGCUUCUCCUCUAGUCCACAGCCGCCAUACGACUUCCUCUCAAUGGCGUACAGACUAAAGACCAGGACGACAACCGCCCUCAUAAGGCGAUCUUUUGAUACAAGGUGGCAUGCCGAUGAUGCGUUGGACGAAUAUGAGCGUCGGCUGGACUCUUGUAGGGCACGCUGGUCUCACCCGCUCGUAUUGCCAGUCGUCCUCUUACAGGUACAGCUAUUUCGCACCGAAGAGGCGGUGAACGCCAACAAUGCCGAAGUGCUGGAGCUCGAGGCGCACGUCGAUGCGGUGACGGGCACGAUAGGGCGGGCUAACGCCGAAGCUUGGUGGCGAAAUCACCAAGGAGAGAAGAAUCAGCAUUUCAAACCUUUAAAGCGUUUCUCGUCAAAUCUUAAGGAGAUGGUCGAGUCUAAGGUCGGACGAAGCCACGAGUUCUCUCGCAACGUUACGCCUUCGACCGGACCAGAGGUAGCUAGUUACUACGAUCCCGACUACGUGCCGCCGCAGACAAUUCACCUGAUGAAAGAAGCCCACGACGUGCUCAAAGGAGCCAUUCAGUUACUAGACACGCUGAGAUGGAUGGAGCGCGCGUUGAAACUCAUCAUCCAAGCUGGUGACGAGCUAGACAUGCGCAUAAAGGAAUUGAGGGCUCAGGCCGUAGCAAGAGGGGAACUUAAGAGAGACGAGGCCGACGAGUUCGAUGACGAGCUUACCGUCCACUGGCAUGAGAUCAGGCAGUAUUUAGACUGCACGUGGCGGCUCUGCACUUCACUCGAGACGGAUCGGCGUAUGUCAGAACUGCGCUGCCGGGCACAGAUCGAUAUUAUCUACUCGAAGAUGGCGCAGGAGGAUAACAACCUCAAUGCGCGCAUGGCAGUAGCAUCGACAAGGGACAGCUCUUCGAUGAAGGCAUUGGCCGUGAUCACCGCCCUCUUCCUACCGGGCGAAUACAUCGGCACGCUAUUCGGCGUGUCCAUGUUUAACUGGGAGACAGGCACGGCAGGCGACCCGGCUAUAUCAGCGGAUGCGCCCCAGGAGUGGCCGCAUCCCGUAGUCAUGCCCUCUUUUUGGAUUUAUUGGGCUUUCACGAUCCCUCUUACACUGUUAAUCGUCGGCGGGUGGCGUGCGUGGUGGGUCAACCAGGACCGUUAUUUCCGCCGCCAUCUCAGCACCGACCUUAGCGACGAGCGGUACUGGACUACCGACGGCCGGCCUCGUGAUCUCGAGACUACUUUCGCGCAGGACUUCUUCAGCGUGCUUAGCCGGAGCGGCGCCGGGAGUACCUCUAACAGCACGAUCCUCGGGAAGAACCAGGGUGUGCGAUCUAGGUCGGGAAGUGGGCCUAUGAGGGUGUCCAGUUUCGAUGUCAACAGGUCUCAAAUCCGGACCCCUAUCCCUUCAAGCUCCAUGUCCGGCUUGGGUUUGCCCAAGCACGUGCCGACGCCGAGUCUGGUAUAUACCCACGUGGGCAAGGACAGGGAGACUACCACCGAUUCGGAGCGUGAAGGCGAAGGCGGGGACGGGGCUAUGCGGUUUAGACAGAUUUCGUUUGCUAGAGGACCGCGGAUACGGAAGCAGGAUGAAUCUGCGGUUUAAACGAUGCUGUUUAAGAUGCCAACCAAGUUGAUUAUACCGUUGAGAUUGGUUAUAUAUCUUACUACCUUAUACUGCGCGGCCACUAAUUAUAGAGAAAGAUAGAACAGUACGCUAGGUAAUAUUAAAUUGAUAAUACAAGUUCGCCCCCUAUAUUGUUUUUAGGUAAUAAAAUGUUU